AAAAUUUGACAGAUUGUAGGGACUAGGAAUAGCGCGCGCGGAGGAAGUAGUGAAAGUGAGAGUGGGAGUCACACACUGACUCCAACCUAAACAACCAAAAGAAUGGCUACGACGCUAUUCAAAUUCUGCAAACCCUUCGCUAUUCCAAUCCGAACCCCCACCUCCACCAGCACCAAAAGGAGCCUUAUCAUCCGUACUUGUCUCACUUCUUCGAGUUCCUCCCAGCCGUGUAUUCCAUCGCACAAGCUGUGGCUUUACAACACAAUGAGCAAGAACAAGCAAGAGUUCAAGCCCAAAGUAGAGGGUAAAGUGGGCAUGUACGUUUGCGGAGUCACCGCUUACGAUCUCAGCCAUAUUGGCCACGCUCGCGUCUAUGUCACUUUCGAUCUUCUCUACAGAUAUCUUAGGCAUUUUGGGUAUCAAGUCUGUUAUGUACGGAAUUUCACUGAUGUAGACGACAAGGAUAGCUGAGUCUGCACUUUUCAAAUUCUGUAGAUAAUUGCUCGGGCAAAUGAAUUGGGGGAGGAUCCAAUUAGUUUGAGCAGACGCUACUGCGAAGAGUUUCAACGUGAUAUGGUGUAUCUUCAUUGCCUGCCGCCUUCUUUUGAACCUCGAGUAUCAGAUCACAUGCUCCAAAUCAUUGACAUGAUCAAGCAGAUUCUUAAUAAUGGGUAUGCCUAUAAAAUUGAUGGGGAUGUGUACUUCAACAUUGACAAGUUUCCAGAGUAUGGACGAUUAUCUGGGCGAAAAUUAGAAGAUAAUCGAGCUGGUGAGCGGGUUGCUGUGGACUCUAGAAAGAAAAAUCCUGCUGAUUUUGCUUUAUGGAAGUCUGCAAAGGAGGGGGAGCCAUUUUGGGAGAGCCCUUGGGGUCCUGGAAGACCUGGGUGGCAUAUUGAGUGUAGUGCAAUGAGUGCUGCUUAUCUGGGUUACUCUUUUGAUAUACAUGGUGGAGGAGUGGACCUUGUGUUUCCCCACCAUGAAAAUGAGAUUGCUCAGAGUUGUGCUGCAUGUAAUCAGAGUAAUAUAAGCUACUGGAUACACAAUGGUUUUGUCACUGUUGACUCAGAGAAAAUGUCCAAAUCCCUUGGGAACUUCUUUACAAUUCGGCAGGUUAUAGACCUUUACCAUCCACUGGCUUUGAGACUUUUCUUGAUGGGGACCCACUACCGAUCUCCAAUCAAUUACUCUGAUGUACAGCUUGAAAGUGCUUCAGAUCGUAUUUUCUACAUUUAUCAGACGUUGCAUGAUUGUGAAAAUGUUCUAAGCCAGAAUGAUGUGGCCAUUAGAGUAGAUAGUAUCCCACAUGAUAUUGCAUGCUGCGUUGAUAGCUUUCAAGACAUUUUUAUGUCCGCAAUGUCAGAUGAUCUUCUUACUCCUGUUGUUCUUGCUGCAAUGUCUGAGCCAUUAAAGACCAUUAAUGAUCUCCUACAUACUCGUAAGGGGAAGAAACAAGAAUUGCGAAUUGAAUCCCUCACAGCUUUGGAAAAGAUAAUUAGGAAUGUUCUGACUGUUUUGGGAAUGAUGCCCCAAAAUUACUCAGAGGUUUUGCAGCAGUUGAGGGAAAAGGCUUUGAAGCGCGCUAAGAUAACAGAAGACCAAGUCUUGAAAAAAAUAGAAGAAAGAACUGCUGCAAGAAGGAACAAGGAGUUUGAAAAGUCAGAUGCAAUUAGGAAAGAUUUAGCUGUUGUUGGAAUUGCUCUUAUGGACAGUGCAGAUGGCACUACUUGGAGACCAGCUGUUCCACUUGCACUUCAAGAGCAGCAGGUGGUGGCAACUUAAAUGGCUUAUGGGUUCAACCUUUUUUAACGAUUCAUUUUGACGUUGUAUCUAAGAUUGGGGUGAACACAAAUUUCCUCCCAGACAUUUAAAGAAAGUGAUUAGGGAUUUUGGAAUGUGGACUGUACGAGUGUUCACAUAUGUUCAGUGGUAGUGGGUAGAGAUUUUACCAUGAUAGAAGAAGUUCAGUGAGCAUCAUUGCAAAUUUUAGUAUCCCUGUAAUGAUUGAAAAAUUUGUUCUGCAAAUGAUUUAUUGAAGUUUUUUAACCGCUUGAAUAAAAGAAUUCAGUGAUCAGCCUAGCAAAUUUUGGCAUCUGUGUAAUGAUUGAUACAUUUUGUUCUGUAGUUGUCCCCGGUGUAAAAGAAGUUGUCAACAAAUGAAAGCAACAAGCCUUUUUGCUUCGGUUGCUGAUUUGAAAUCCUGUAUCUUCCCUGUAAGCAUUUUGUUUUGUUUUUGUUUUUUUGUUUCAAUAACUAGUUCUUUGAUUCUGGA